AGCAUGUCUGACACGAAAAAACUCAGUGGUUUGCUUCAACCACUGGAGAUUCCAGACGGACCCUCGAAGAGUGUUUCACUGGAUUUCAUCACAGACCUCCCCAAAACACGCGAUGGUCAUACUGCGAUCCUGGUCUUCGUGGAUCGAUUGAACAAAACGGUGCACUUCGUUGCUACUACAACCGACGUAUCUGCGGAAGAUACGACCAAGUUGUUUGUAGCACACGUUUUCCACUUACACGGGUUACCGCGUGUGCUGGUGUCCGAUCGAGAUCCGUGCUUUACAAAGAUGUUGGCGGACACUCGAAACGAAGCUAAAGAUUGAACAAUUCUGUCCAUGAAGGUACC